GAGUACUCAGCUGAGAUGCAUUUUGAGCAGGCUGCCCGCAUCGAUGCCUUAAGCAAGUAACUACCGCAGCAUGGAGUACGUCCAUACAGUCCCACGCGGGCGCGCAGCAUUUGCUUGAGCAAUAGUCUCAGUAUAAAUGGCACUGCUCCUCCUCCUCGCAGCAACAACAGCAAAGGCCGACGACUGCGCCACAACACCAAAACCCCAGAAAGACCAAGUAGAAGCCUACCUCCGCGCGUUGUAUCCAUCAACACAAAGGAUAGAAAACGCCGUCGCCGCGUUCGAGGCCCUCGACUACCUCUACGCGGACCGAAAUAUACUGGAGCCGCCGCGUUUCUUAUCAAAACAGGUCCCGCCGCUCCCGUACGUACCGGAGGGCGCCUACUACGCCGCGAAACCAGCCCACCGCAAGAAGGCGAAGUGGCUCGCGGGCGCGAACGCCAACCGCUGGCGCGCGCCCGUCCGGCGGCAGCAUGCGGCGCGGACCGCAUCAAAACACGCCUCGACCGUCGGCGGGCGCUUCGGCCCGGCGCCCUCGUGGACGAGCCCCCUCGCUUUGGUCAAGUACCCGUUUCCCCUCUCUACUACGGCAAAGGAGCCGAGCCGGGCCGAGCUCCUCGCCGCGGCGACGACAGCAUCUGUGGAUCUCUCGUCAGGCUAUGUCGAAGUGGAGCAGUUCGGCGGGCCGCGGUGGACGCGGAGCGGCUGCCCGCCCGUCUGUGGGACGUGGGCCAAUAUUUGGAGAGGCACGGGCGUCUUCCUGAAAUUGGAUCGGCCCGUCGUCGCGCCGACGCGGCUCGCGGCCGUCGUCGAGCUCGUCACCCGGAUCGCGCGUGUUGAAAACGGCGCCGCGAUUCUGGAAGCCUUCGCCGCGAGGUCCUCGAUGCUCGCAAAACGAGUGAAGGAGUUCCGCGCCGGCGGCGCGUCGGUCGGCGAGGCCGUCGCCGCCGCGGCCGCCGCCGCGGGCACGGGCCGGGGCUGCCGCUGCUUCAAGGAGGCGUCGGCGCUCAACGGGACGGCGCGGCCGCUCCUCCGCCUGGCCGCCGUGGGCGGCAAAACGGCCGCGUUCCUGGCACGCGUGCGCGAGGCGCGUCCGGUGGACUGGUGCGCGAACGUCUGCGGCAACGGCCAGUACUACGACCGGCAGCGGGCGCCGAUGAUGGCGCUCGACGGCAUGCUCGCGACGCUCUCGUGCGUGCUCGGGACGAAUGCCGUCGUGCUGACGCGCUCGCCCAACGACAACGGCCUCGUGCACCAGGAGCUCGUCGACUACGAUUUGCCGGAGAGCCUCGGCGGCUGGCCGGCGCCGCCUCUUGGAAAACUCAACGCCCUGGCCAGAUGCGCGGCGCCCUUCUCGAAUUUACCAAAUGACGCCGACGCGUUGUUACUAGAACACUGGCGCUCUACGAACAAGUGGGCGCUCGGCGACGUCGCUCGAAAAAAAUUCGGACCGUGCGACCUCGCGAACCCCGGCGGCGGCGACGACGCCUGGACUUCAGGGAGAGGCCGGGACCGGUGCCGCGUCGCGCAGGGCGAUUCUAUUGGAAGCGACCGCGCGUGCUUCGUGACCUGUCGAAAUCAUAUCUCGGCGGCGCACGCGAACGUGUCGCUGACCCAGGUGCUCCGCCCUGAUCUAGAACUGUGUGUUGACUAA